AAAACAGCCGAAAACGAAGUUCAUUUGCGAAGUAGCCGAAGCCACGUUAUAUGCACGAUUUACUAUCACGAGACUACUUCAGAAGCAAAUUAUCAGAAAGAUUUUACAAGCAAACUGAGUUUGAUCGAUCUAGCUGGAAGUGAAAAGGCCCACAGAACCUCCAAUUUCCAACGAUUCGACGAAGGACGGAAAAUCAACUUGUCCUUGUCUUCUUUGAGCACUGUCAUUUCACGACUUGCUGACAAGUCACAGAAGGACAAUCCUGAUGCGGAUGUGAUUACCAAUAGCAGUCAUUCCACAGUCAACAGCACUCGAAGUUCACGUCAAUCGGGACUUCACAGUUCUUCAUCGGUCCAUAUCCCCUAUCGAAAUUCAAAACUUACAUGGCUUCUUAGUGACUCUCUGGGUGGGAACGCACGAACCACCAUGAUAGCAACACUAUCCCCCAGCUAUUUACAAUACCAAGAAACCUUGAACACGCUACGUUACGCCCAGCAAGCGAAACUCAUUGUGAACCAACCCAAACUGAACAUGGAUUCGAGUGCAAUUUAUAUCCGUCAACUACUGGAUGAAAUUACUGUAUUAAAAAAACAGUUGCAUGAACGAAAUCAAUGCCUUCGAUUU